UUUAGUUUUUCGAAAAAUUUCCACGCGUGAGCACCUCUGUGCUGCUUUCUCCGCCUCUCUGCGUUUCGCGCUUCGUUUUCAAUUCGCCUUUCGUCGCGGGGUGCGUGCGUGUGAGUGAGUGUGCGAGUGUGCGUGUGCCGCUAUUUGUUUAUAAAAUCGCCAGCCGAGAAAGCCAUGUUGCACUUUAAUUGUUUCCAAGCUCAAAAUGCACACUGAUAAACAACGACCACAGCAGCAGCUAUAAUGCCGGCAAACAGCCACAAAGCGGCUUAUUAGUGUGUGGACGGACGACCGGUGCGUGUUUGUGGGGGUGACGAAAGUAUUUACCGCAAAUAGCAACAAACAUAACCAAACAACAGCAAUAAGCAGCCGGCGCAAAUCGUAUCUAGCUCUCUCUGUCGCUCGCCAAAAACAAGAGAGUUCGUGAUUCUCAAAAUGCAACAACAACAACAACGCCUGCCCUGCAGAAGAAAAGCGACGAAAACAACAAAAACAACCGCCUGCCUUGUGAUAUGUAGCAGUUAUCUACUCCUCCUGCUCGCCACCCACUUUCCGCCCAGCGUGCAAGCGGACGAUGGCUCCCAGUCCCUCCUGCCCGCAGUCGGCUAUCUGGCCGCCCCCAAUCCGGCGGGGGGCGGUGGGGGAGUCUCCUCCUCGAUCAUCGAUCAAUUCAGUCCGAAUUGCAGUGCGGUUACGCACAUUUUCCAGGCGCGAGGAAUCGAUGCGAGCGAAAUACCACCAAAGCCCAGUAACGAACGCGUCCUCCGUUACUGUGAAUCACCCUCGGUAGGCACCUGCUGCACCUACGGCAUGGAGACCCGAAUGGCCAUGCAGUCCCGCCAGCAGCUCGAGAGUCAUACCAAGGACCACAUCUCUAGGAUGUCGGGCAUCCUAGGCAGCAAGGCCACCAAGUUCAAAGAAAUCUUCACCGCUUUGCUGAAAGAGUCCAGGACGCAGUUCAACAGCAUGUUCAUUCGUACCUAUGGCGUGAUCUAUGAGCGAAAUUCGUAUGUCUUUUCCGAUCUGUUCAAGGAGCUGGAGACGUACUUUGCCAACGGGCGAGUGGAUCUACUGGAGGUCAUGGAUAAGUUCUUCAACACGCUGUACCAGAAGAUGUUCACCGUGCUGAACACGCAGUAUACCUUUGACGAGAACUACAUGCGAUGCGUCAGCGAGCACAUGAAGGAGCUGAAGCCUUUCGGAGAUGUUCCAGACAAGCUCUCCGUCCAGAUCAAGCGCUCUUUUGUGGCCACUAGGACCUAUGGUCAGGCCUUGGCCACGGCCUCUGAGGUGGCCAAGAAGGUCUUGAAUGUGCGUUUAAAUGCCGACUGCACGGGUGCCCUGACCAAGAUGCAGCACUGCGGCGCCUGCAAAGGCUACACGGAAAAGCCCUGCACCAACUACUGCGUGAAUGUGAUCAAGGGUUGCCUCCAUUACCAGCACGAGUUCGAUUCCGAGUGGGAGAACUUUGCCUUGGCCAUGGACAAGGUGGCCGAGCGCCUUCUAGGAUCCUUUAACAUUGUGAUGGUGGUGGAGCCCCUCAACAUUAAGAUCUCCGAGGCCAUCAUGAACUUCCAGGAUUCUGGCCAGGACAUUACCAGUCGCGUGUUCCAGGGCUGCGGCAGACCCAAGCUCAAGAAAAUGAAGCGUUCCAUUAACCCCAAGCUGCAAGGCGUCCAGGUGCUCAAUGCCAAGAGUCCCGUGGAGGCGGACAUCCUGGACAUUGAUGCUAUGCUGGAUGAGGCCAUAGUUUUGAGAGAGCGCAGAGCAGCUGAGCCAGGUUCCCAGGAGAGCUCGGGUCAGCAGUCGCAGGAACAGGGUGGAGCAGGAAAGGGUGGAAAUGGGGGAGGAAACAAUGGAAAUGGAGGAGGCAGUGGUGGCAAUGGAGGAGGCGGAGGCAACAACCGGCGUCAACAACAGCAGCGUCGCAAGCAGCAGCAACAGCGACGCAAGCAACAGAACAACCGCGACGACAACGAUGACGAUGAUAACGAAAGUGGCGGUGGACGAGAACCUAUCCUGGACAGGAUUGUAAGGGAUAUACGCCAGCGGGUGAAGGACUACAAGAAGUUCUGGUCCAACUUGCCGCACUCGGUCUGCAGCAAUGAGGAUAUAGCCUCUAGUUCUGAUGUAGAUGGCAUGUGCUGGAAUGGUCACACCAUUGACAGAUACAUGCACUCAAUCACCACAGAGCAUGGCUCUAAUCCCGAGUUUAGCGGCAAUCCCGCCAGCACUAAGCAAACUGCUCAAAUGUCCUCGCAGUUGGCUCAUCUAAAGAAUGCCAUCAGUCAUCUAAGGAAUGCCUACAAUGGUCAGGAUGUAGAGUGGACUGAGCUGGAAGAACCCUAUACAGGCAGUGGCGCUGGCUCUGGCUCCGGCUCCGAAGACGACGAGGACGAUGACGAUGGCUCUGGUCUGGGUCCUUUCGAACCCAGCCACAAGCCAGACAUUGAUCGUCCCACAGUGGAUGCCGAUAAUGAUGACGACGAGGAUGGAGCCCGGCCGCAGGUGCCCACGCAUACCUCACGGCCCACGGGCGGAGUGGAUGACAAGAAUCCUUUGAUUCACACCACCCACUUUGACCAGGACCACAACACCAUCGAGGAGGAUCAUGGUCAGCGCGGCGGCGGCGACGAUGAGGACUCGGAUGAAGGCCAUAACGAGGUCGAUGAUCAUCGUUCGUCCAGCGCUCCGGAGAAGAUGACGCUGCGUCGCGCUCUGGUUGUCUACCUACUGCCGCUGUAUAUGGCGUGGUUCGGCGGCGUCUGCGCCGAUUUGCUGUGAUUACCCAACGUGCGAAGUGCAACCCCCCUGCACCUACACCACCCACACCUCUCAGUCAUUCAUCCGUGAAGCAAAAAACAAAAAAAGAAAUGUUAUUAGCAGAACUACAAGCAUACGAAACAUACAAACCCUACCAUAUAUACGAAAUGCGAGUCCAAAAUUUUAUAAAAACUUUUGAAAGAAGCAAUCAAAACGCGAAAUGAGAAAGGUAAAUCAGGCUCCAGGAAUUAAAAAAGCUAUAUAUUUGAAUCCUUGACAUUAGGCUUGUGAAAAUCAUGAGCUGAAAUCUGGAAAUUGGAAAUUCUUGGCGUCCUGACUUGGAGCGUAGAGUAGAGAAGUUUUUGAGGAGAGAGAAUACGUAACGAGCCCAUAUUCUAGUUUAGUAAGACCCCAAGAGCCCCUGUGUCCCGCCCUCCCUCAAUGCCCCCUAGAUCUAAGUGCGAAAUUGUAAUUUGUAAGUCGGAGAGCGAGUGAGUGGAGCGUCGAGUGUGUGAAUGAAUGUGCGAGUGCCACGGAGUGAGUGCCUGUUCAAUGUGAUCGUUUAGCAAAAAUUAACUAUAAAUAAACACUUUAGCCCCUAGAAUUGACACAUAAA